UUACCACAUUUUGUUGUUUACAUUUGGCGCUUCCCUUCUUUGUGAAGAUCUAAGUCAAGAGCAGAUAAUUUUAGUUGACGUGUAUUUCCGGCUAAAAUAUGGGAAAGGAAGAUUCGUCUAAUGGAAAGUAUGGCACUAUAGAGGAGAAACCAGUGAAGAUUGACAAAUGGGACUCCGCCGCUCUCAAGAAUGCUCUGGAUGAUGGUGCAAAGAAGGUGAUGCUGGACAAGUUUGGGUUCACAGAGAGCCACAAAUUGAUGGACGGUCGGCUGUUUAUCUGCACAGUGGCGGUGGUGUUCGCCAUGUUUGCCCUCGUGUGGGACUACUUCCGGCCCUUCCCUGAGUCACGCCCUGUUCUCAUCAUCUGUGUACUCUCCUAUUUCUUCCUUAUGGGAGUGUUGACAGUGUACACAACGUACAUGGAGAUGGGGAUCUUCCUGGUGGCCCUGGAUAAAGACAGAACCCGUGUCGACCCAGACAACAAAUGGGACCUUGCAUCAAAACUGAAAAAAUAUGACGAUAAAUACACUCUCUCUAUGACCUUCACUGAUGGCAAGACGAAUAAGACGCGAUCAGGAGAGAUAACAAAAUCUGUUGCAGAGUUCUUCGAUGAAAAUGGAGUGCUGUGUUUUGACCUCUACGAGCCUGAAGUCCGAAUGUUACAGAACAGAAUUGCAACGGACAAGAAAGAAUAGCUUUUUUAAUGACUUAGUGCAUUUUACAUUAGGCAAGGUUUUUUUUUGUUUCGUGACUCAGAUUAAUUUGAAAAAUAUUGUCCAAAGGUAAAAAGUAGACAAACAUUAAAAUAUACAACUUUGAACAGUUUACUGUUUAUUCAAUCGAGGUUAAAGUGAACGCUUUUAUAUUUUAUUAUGAAUUAGAAAAAAAUCAUCAUUCUAUAUUUUCAUUUUGUUAAAUGUCUAGUUUUUUUUAUUUUUAUCUCAAACUAUGUCAAAAAGGGCAUUGCCGAUACAGACAAAUUUCAGCAGGUCCGAGUAACAAAACAUAAAAAGAUCUUUGCCUUAGAUGUGCAGAUAUCAUUUUCAUUGCAAUUUAAUCUCAAUGUUGCGUAUGUGUGUUUGAAUAUUUGAUAAUUAUAUUGUAAGUGUUUUAAUAUUGUGGGGGUGGUUUUUCUUUCAACAAGAAGCAGAACGGGGCUCAUAUGCCAGUAGGUGAUGAAGGGACUUGUUCAUGAUUUAUACGGUCAGACAACAACAAAACAACAAAUUAUGUUAAAUGAGACUGAAAUGUUUGUUUAAAUGAUAAAACAUCACCAGGCCCCAAUUUCUCGAAACUUCUUAAGUCCCUUAUAACAGGAUUAAGCUAAGCUCACUAUUUUUUAUUUUUAAUAAUUUGCGUUAUAUUUACUUCUUUAAGAGUUUUUAUACUUAAGAUAGGAAUUAUCAUUAUGAUAAUCACAACAAACCAAUUUUCAAUUGUCAAAAUCCAAUUCAAGUAUGUAUUUUGGUUAAUUGCAAUAAGCUACUUAAGCCUGUUUAGCUUAAGUUUCGAAAAAUUGGGGCCAGAAGAAUAAAUAACAGCUGAGCUCUAGUGUUAAUAAUGAUGUAAGUAUGUGACAGAGAAUGCUCUACUUUGCUGAACAGCAUGAGAAACGAUAUUGAAAAUUGAAUUAUUUUAGGCUCUCAUUUCAUUUACAAAAUUCAGUUGAAAUUAGUUUCUGCCUGGUCCUGUUUGGUGUUUCUUCAUUAAAAUAACUCAUCAGAACAAUUUUACAAAAAAAUGUUGCCAGCAUAAAAUCUGUGAGCAAGUCCCUUUAAAAUGAUAAUCAAAAGAUACAAUGAUCUAUUACAUUAUUUGUUUUAGAAGUAGUAUUUAUCUACAAAACUGAUGAAGUGUGAACAUAUUUAUUACCCGGAGUCAAACGGAAAAGCCAAAUAUUUGAAAGCAUAACCAAUCUCAUUAAAAUCAUAUCGUGACGUUCACUUCAUUUCAUUACGUUAUGUACGAUCCCACAUAGCGUAACGUCGUGAAGCAUGUAUUGGGGAUCUGAUUUUAAUGAGAUUGAAAGCAUAACAUACAUGCAAGAAAAAGUAUAGUUAUAUUUAUGAAAGAUACAAAUAACAAUUAUUCUGUUUAUUGAACUCCAUAGUUAAGAACAUACAUGUACAUUUUCCAUUUAUGCCAUACUAGUCUGUAUGUUCUUAUUGUAUGAACUGUACAUAUUUGUCUACUUGGUAUAUUAAAAGAUCUUGAAAUGAAA